AUGACACGACGAAUCGUUCGCACUUUGACCCAGCUCUGCACCGCCCUCGCCUUUACCUUGUUUGUCAUCUUCCUCCUCGACCGCAACUACCGAGUGCUGCCCAGUGCCAUCCAUGGGUACAUGCCGACCCACCACCCCGGCCUCGUCGUCACCGACAUCACCCUCGUCACCUGCUCCAGCGUUAACUUCUUUUCUUCCUGCGACCUCGACCCCAACCUGUGGCAUCGCAUCGACAAGGAGCUCUAUCUCGGCAGGGCUUGGACCUCGAGCGCCUACAUCUACGUUAGACGCAAACAUGAGGAGGAUCUGACGGACGACGACAGCGUUGUCAUGGACAUGACGGUCGGCCGACUCGACCCCAGUGUCCAGAACGAGCCCAACGAUAUUGGACGGUGGGAAUCCCGGCCCGGCGGGCUGUGGAUCAGGCGGUCCAAGAAGAAGAAGUCGAGCGACUCCAAGGACGUCGUCACAAACGUCGACGUGCUCUUUGGCGACGAUGCCGUCGAGGCGCGACAAGGCUGGGCCAUAGUGGGCACGCCGUUGCUGCUCGACACGGGAGGCGCUCUUCUCAGCGUUCAUCUCUCCGUACACCGGGGAAGCGUCACCGAGGCCAAGAAACCCAAGCCGCGGAUACCGGACAACGGACGGUUCAAGAUUUUGCAGAUUGCCGACCUACAUCUGAGCAACGGCGUAGGCGAGUGUCGAGAGCCGAUCCCGGACGCCUACGCUGACGGGAAAUGUGAGGCGGACCCGAGAACGCUUGAUUUCGUCAACAAGAUGCUCGACGAGGAGAAGCCCGACUUUGUGGUACUGAGCGGCGAUCAGGUCAAUGGCGGCUCAGCUCCCGACGCGCCGACGGCCAUCUUCAAGUACGCGUCGAUACUAACCAAGCACAAGAUUCCCUACGUUGGCAUAUUUGGAAAUCACGAUGACGAAAAGACCAUGUCUCGAGCCCGGCAAAUGUCUCUGAUGGAGACGCUACCCUACUCCCUCUCCACGGCCGGGCCCGCCGCGGUCGACGGCGUUGGAAAUUAUUACGUCGAGAUCUUGGCGCGUGGCAGCUCGGACCACUCGGCCUUGACCAUCUACUUACUCGACACACACGCCUAUUCUCCCGACGAUAAAAAGUUUCCCGGCUACGACUGGGUCAAGCCCAACCAGAUUGAAUGGUUCAAGCGCACGGCGGCGAGCUUGAAGAAGAAGCAUGGAGAGUACACGCAUCAGCACAUGGAUAUGGCCUUCAUCCACAUCCCGCUCACCGAGUAUGCCGACUGGCAACUCCCCCGUGUCGGACAGUGGAGAGAAGGCGUCACCGCCCCCAUGUUCAACUCUGGCUUCCGCAAUGCCCUCGUCGAGGAGGGUGUUGUCAUGGUCAGCGCCGGACACGACCACUGCAAUGACUAUUGCUCCCUCUCCCUGUCGGGCGACCGGGACCCAAAGAAGAACCAGCCGCUGACGCCCGCGCUUUGGAUGUGCUACGCCGGCGGCGUGGGCUUUGGUGGGUACGCCGGGUAUGGUGACUACGUUCGGCGGGUGCGCGUCUUUGAGGUGGACACCAACAAUGCUCGCAUCACGACGUGGAAGAGAGUCGAGUACGGCGACCUGACGGGACGCUUGGACGAGCAAAUCAUUGUCGACGGAGGACGGCCGAUUGCGCCGCCGCCGCCGCCGCCGCCGCCAGAGGGACAGCGGCCCGAAGCCCCUCCUCCACCCCCUCCCCCUCCGCCUUUCCAGGCUCCUCCGGGACAGGACGCGUCGUGA